GUUACUGUAAUACUGUAUAUCAGCUUAUUGUCAGAGGCCAAGUUCACUGUUGUUCUCGGAGCAGCAUGUGACUGUCGGUAACAGACAGCGGACUGGUCCUGGACUUGGAUCUCUUCUUGUAUGACUCCUGUUGCUGCGCUUUUAACGAGUUUUCUGGGAAAGUUGCGCGUCAAGUCCGUGUGAGAUGUUGUGGUGGUUCACGCAGGGUGUGUGCGCGCUGCCAGCCUUUCUGGUCAUCUGGUCCUCCGGCACUUUCAUUAUUUCCUACAUUAUCGCGAUUGUCAGACACGAUGUGGAAAUCAUCUUCCCAUACAUAAGUGACACAGGUGCUAACCCUCCAGAAAGCUGCAUCUUCGGCCUCAUGACGUUCAUUGUUGCAUGUGCAGCAAUGGCCACCAUUUAUGCCAGAUACAAGUUUGUGGACAAGAUGAACGAGGACACCCGGGCGGUGAAUCAAAAACUCAAUCUAGCUGCUCUUUGGAUCGGGCUGAUCACCUGUCUAGGCAUGUGCAUUGUUGCUACCUUCCAGGAAACAACAAUGACAAUAGCUCAUGAUAUCGGAGCGGCGCUGUUUUUUGUUUCUGGUGUUUUAUACAUAAUCCUGCAGUCCGUUAUAUCAUAUCAAGCCUUUCCAUUCGGCGCCACCAUUACUGUGUGUUGGACUCGUGCACUCAUCGCCUCGAUUGCUGCUUUGGCAUUUUUCCCCACUGUCAUCUGUGCUGGUUUCGUGAAAAGAACCGACCUGCACAUGAAGAAGGACGACCCGGCUUACCCCUUCCAUGUGGCCAGCGCCGCAUGCGAGUGGACUGUUGCUUUCAGCUUCGUCUGCUUCUUCCUCACAUACAUUCAUGAGUUCAAAAUGUUCACCUUAGAAGUGAUAACAGAGCACGCGGAGCGGUCUUGAACAUUCUUGCAGCAGCAUGAGGAUGAAUACCAGUAUUUUAUGCGCGUUUGCUUUUGCAAAGCUUCAAUCGAUGGAUGUUUUUUAUAAACUGCAAGGCUUUUGUUUUUUUUACAACUAUGUAUUUUUGCCACUUGACUGAAGUUUUUGAGAGCAAAUCCAUUUUACACUGUUAUUUAUACAUUUCAAAUAUCUGGCUGUCGGUCAGCUGUAAAUGAUGGGAAGAAAAACUGACCAGAAUUUGUAUCUUUAUACUUUUUAUACUGUCGUUUUACAAGUGCAGCUACUGUUGUCUGUGCGGUCAAACGUCACUUUGCACUUUGCUCAGCUGUUGCCACACCAGCGUGACACAGAUCCAGCCAGACCUGUGACAACUAAUAUGAGAAGUUCAUCACACGGUCAACACAUGACCACUGCUCAUAAAUGAGAACGAUUCUGUUGAGCGGUAGUCCGGUCUUCAGAUGUCACACCGAUCACGUUCGCAUGUUAGAAUUUUUGAUUAGUGGUUUUCUUUGGAAAGCUCUUCUUGUGGGUACUCAAGUUCAGAUUUCAGUUCUGGUGCUUAUUGUUUAUUGCUCUAAAUGGUACCAGCGGAUGCCACUAAACGGUUCGACGGUGCAGCUACAGAUGUGAAUUUUCUCAUGUCUGCAGCUUAUGAACAGCUCAUGCAAUAGAAAUUAGCUCACUUAGUUCAUUAGUUUGCUUUGCACAACUGCCAAAUUGGAUUCCAGUAACAAAAUAAGCAGGAGCUGAUGCUUACGUAUGCUUUCCAACACAAAUGAAGGCUUUAUUUUUUUUUUUUUUUAAUCGUCUGCCUUAAAGCAGCAGCUCCACCUGUAUUCCCCUUUAACCAAUCACCUACUUGUCACGUGGCUUUAAGAUAAGAUUUAUUGAUUUAAAGGAAAUUCUGGUGUCAGAUAUUGCUCAGAAAAAGUACGAGAACAACUAGACUGCCUAGAUAUAGGUACGAUAAAACCUUCAAUCUUGACAUGAGUUUUGAGCAGUUAAACCAGAAUUCCUUAGUAUUUCAUAAGAAAAAAAACUAUAAUUUUAGAUAAACUAACAACAGGAAGGCUUUGUUUUGUUCAUUAUCUAUUCAUUGACCUUUUGACCUCAUAGAUGUUUCUGGAAUAUCGACGCUGCCUGGGUUUUGGAAACCGCUGCUUUAGAGCAAUCUGCCAGUACUGUGGCUGCUGUUUUGCUAUGAAACAAGUAAAAAUCACCAGAGACACUAGAAGAGAAAAAAAAAAGGGCACGAGGACAGGGAUUAAUACAUAAAACUCACUUGACAUGAGGGAACACAAAUAUGCUGUCUGGCUGCUUGAGAGGUUAAUUACCUUUACCGUGCCUGGAGAUAAGGAAUGUCAGGUCAACAUGCUGCAAAAAAGUUUUUUAUUAAAGCGCUGGCUGUUGCUAUUGGCCACGUUUAGUCUGCAUUAUUAGAUUUAAACCCAUGUAUUGGCUGGUAAUGACUGGAUCGGAGGCCAUUACUUUUGUAUGAUCCCUUCACUGUAAUGGACAUAGAUGAAUUCAGGUUAACAACCUUUUCACUACAGAUACUGGAUUUAUGAGGGAAAGUUCCACUGAAUGACUUUUGUACUUUUGCUUGUGACAUCAUGUACUGUACAGAUUACUUCCUGCUCAUGAGUUGAAGAAUAAAUCUGUUCUUUUUAUUUUUUAAA